GUCUGGACGCAGCUGGAAGGUUUGGUAUUUUGUUUUAGGCUCUACAAACCAAGAAAAAAUAGAGAUGUGUAAGCGGUUCCCGUUUCCUUCAGUAUUUCGGGCAGCAUUCGCCGAAUUUUUAGGCACCUAUAUUUUGGUAGUCAUUGGGAAUGGGAGCAUAGCUCAAUCGCAGUUAACCAAUGGUGAAAAAGGUGACUAUUUUACUAUUAACUGGGGGUGGGCUUUGGGUUGUUCUUUAGGAAUGAUCGUGUCAGCCAAUAUAUCAGGCGGUCAUUUGAAUCCCGCGGUGACAAUGGCGCUAGCAUUGGUUCGUCGUUUUCCUUGGAGAAGGCUGCCAGUGUAUUGGUGUGCUCAAUACGUAGGAGCUCUUGCCGCUUCUGGAACAGUUCUCGGAGUAUAUCACGAAGGAAUUUUAGAAGGAAAAGUCAACGGCAAAUUUCGCAUUGAGAAGAACAUUACAGAACCUGGAAUGGCUUCAAUUUUUGCCAAUUAUCCAGCCCAUUACUCGUCGGCUAGUAUUGGUUUAAUUGAAGAAAUAUUAUCGACCAUGAUUUUCACGCUCGUCAUAUGCGUGGUAACUGACAAACGGUAUUCAAACGUGCCAAAUUUCUUGCAGCCACUCUAUGUUGGUUUCACGCUGUUGGCCAUCGGUGUCGCCUACGGAUCUAAUGGAGGUUACGCCCUCAAUCCGGCGCGGGAUCUCGCUCCUCGAUUGGUUUCCUUCCUUGGUGGAUGGGGACUAGGUGUAUUCAGCUUUCGAGAAUACAACUGGUUCUGGAUAUUUUUGGUCGGCCCGCAUGUUGGAGCUAUUCUUGGUGUCUGCAUCUUUCACCUAAUUUUGAAGAAUGGCUCAACAGAUAUCAGUGAGCGGGUUUCAUCUAUAGACGUUUCGAUGAUCAAUCCACGUCUAUGGCACCACUUUCCCAACAGAGGACUUGAUGUUGAACCAUCAGAUGGACGUGAAUCUCACAACAGUCACGAAGAAAAUCAUAAAAGCACGGACUACAAUAUUGCGAGGACACUCUGAACAUUAUACAGGGACUUCCUGUCAGCAAUAACGGCAAUUGCAUUACGGCAUUUGCCUAUUACAGCACUUUAAAAUACUACUUACGUAUUGUACUUGCUAUUCGUUCCUUUAAUUAAAACAGGAAGAAUAAAUCUUAUUUGGGAUGAUAG